UGAGAACUGUCUCCUGUGACACCAGCGAUGUCCUCACCUCCCCCAGCUCCACCCUGGUCUCCCUCCUAACCUCCAUCACCACCUCCACCCUUACCCCCCCCCCACAGCCCCUGUCCUCCUCCAUGCCCACUAAAGAGGGUUGCACUACUCUCCUGUCUCUCUCCAGUCCUGAGCUGCUAACUGAGCUGUGUCAAUCUCAGUCCCGUCCUAUGAAGCACGUCUCUGUCUCUAAAGGACUCACCACUGUCUUCUCUGGACGGGGCAGGGGCAUAACGAAUCCUAGCCCUGCCACUGCCUCAGGAGCAGCCAACCAGACACUCCGCUCAGACUCCAUGGCCAAUAGGAGAGGACAGGCAGGUCCCAGGCUGUCUAAUGGGACAAAGCGUUAGACUAAGCUAAAGUGCCCCUGAUGACCCCAGCUACUGUAUAAUGUAAUUGAAAUGAAUGAAAACCAGCAGUCCUGUGGCCCUCCGGGAACUGGAGUUGAGAACUGAAUGACACAUUAUCAAACACUAUCUAUACUGCCAUGUGCCAUUGUCAACACAUUAACAUCAUAGACACAAUGCCAACCCACCGACAGACUUACCCACACACACACUGUACCUCUUCAUGUAAGACAUGGAAAGCAAUGUGGUGAGGUGAAGUAGGUCUCUCUCUGUAAAAAAAUAAAUUAUCAAAUGUAUCACAACAUACUUGUUUGUCUCUAUUGUGUGUGUGUGUGUGUGUGUGUAACUUCACUGAUAAGAUCCAACCCAUGGCCAGAGUCUAGAGACAUCAUGAGAUACAGAGACUGUGUGUGCGUUGAUAGAGGGCUGAUGAAACAGUGGUUGAGAUAAGAGCCAAAGGUUAAAGGUCAAGUACAGAGUGUUCCAGAAGGUGUGGCUUAAAGAGGAAGUGUUUCUUUACUGUAAUGCAUUUAGAAAGAGAGGGAAAGGAAAACAAAACUAAGAAAUAGUGUAAGCUGCAAAGGGACAAGAAGAUAGAGAAAUACAGCUAGGGUGGACAGCCGUUUACUACUAGUUAGUUGUAUUCCCCAGCCGGAUCUCUCUGUCGCGAAUAGCCUGGGGACGAGGUUACCUACCAGUAUGUGAGGGGUGGUCUACUGAGUGUGUCUGUGUUCAGGACAGUACCUGUUUGUGUAGACAAGAUGGGCAUUAAUGGGCGACUGCAACGCUACCUGCUGCCAGCCUCCAUCACGGCUCUGCUGCUCUUCCUCAGUUCUUUCUGGCUCCCUCAGAUUGCAAUGCGUGAUUGUGAGACCUCCUGGCACCCCUGUCUGAGUUUCAAUUUCUACCUUCCAACACUGGAGAGCCCUGUUAUUCCUCAUCCAGGAGGGGUGCAGAGUGGGGGACAGCAGGGUGAGAGGGGUGUAGUGUUGAGUUCUGUGCCCCCUCUCCAGGUGUGUCAAGGUCAACAAUUCCAGGUGUGGCGUCUCAUGUCCCACCUGACCUCUUCCAUGGCUACGCACUCUGAUGAUGUUCUGAUGGAGCACUACCUCUACAGCUGGGAUGAACUCAUCAAGUUUAUGGAAUCUCUCGGACCUCUGGUCAGUUUUUUCUCUCAGAAGGUCAAAGAUAAGAUUGCUGUCAUCAGAGAGCUGGCCCAGCAGGAGAAAGAGGCCCUUGAGAAACGAAGUCCAGUAGAAGGACACUCUGGACUACAAACUCGCGCAUCAGGACUACAAGGCCCAGCGGCCUACAGUUCGGUGCGUUCCAUGGUGGAGUCGGAGCUGCAAAGGGGCUUGGUGAACUUCAGUGUGCGGACGCGCUCCGGCUGCAGAAAUCUGCUGCGGCUCCACCGUUCGCUGCUCUGGAUCCUGCUGCUACUGCAGGGCCUGGGGGAGGGACCGGACGCACAGGGGGUUUACCGCACCCCUGGGGAGCUCUGCAGGGAUGCGUACACCGUGGCCCUGGCCCCCCAUCACCCCUGGUUGAUCCGCAGUGCGGCUGAGCUGGUGUUUGUAGCUCUGCCAGACAGAAGAGUGUUCCUGGAUAUAGUUUGUGUGAGAAAAGAGGAGGAGGUUGGGCCGGUGCUCAACAUUGUUGUAGACGUUAUGAGAGAGGUAUACACACGCACACAGAGCAUACUGGAAGAACACAACAUGAUAGAGCUGCCAUAGAAAGACACAGACAGACACAGACAGGCAGACAGACAGACAGACAGGUAUGCCAGCACACAUAGCCUGCACAGACUAUAAAGACACGUGAUAGAAAGACUAGAAACACACAGCAACUCAGUUAGUUAGGCCUGCCGUAUAAGCCUGUUAACAACUAUAUAUGUAGAAAAGCCCUUAUAACUAAUGAGAACCGUGGAAUACUUGCUUUGUGUCAGUGAAAGGAGUGAAUAAACAUGUUAUUUAUUCACAUGUCUGUAGUUGUUCUUCUGUGUGUGUGUCUACUGCUGUAAAUCACAGAAGUAGAAUUAAGUACCUGGAUCACCAGGCGGGCACUCUGUCCUUCUACAGUGUCUCUGACACAAUGACCCUCCUCCACAGUGUCCAGACCAGAUUCACGCAGCCCCUCUAUCCUGGGUUCUGGCUUCAUUGCUUUAAGACCACAGCUGAGUUAUGGGAGUUAGACUAGAGUCCUAUGUCAGUGAUGCUUUACCCUACUAUUAUGUGAAUUGUUUAUUUCCUUCUUCUGUGACCCCCAGAGGAUUGGCUCUCACAGACUGAGCUCUCUGUAGUCUAGAUAGAAUUUGAGGUUAUGGUUUACCAUGCCUUACUAUUCUGUGAGGUUUUCCUUUUCUUUGAAUAGCAGAGGAUUGACUUUCACAGAUUCAGUUAUUUCUAGAAUUCAAAGUUAUUUUCCCCAAAUCCUAUGAUGUUGAAAAUGAAUCUGUAUCUCCGGUGAGACUUUAUCUCUGAAGGCAGCAUGUGAUAGGCCAUACAUUGUUUUCAGAAUAAUUUCUUAACCCGUUCUUUCCCUUUGUAAUCGUGUACUCUUUUUCAGAGGUAGCCAUUUGUUAUGUAGGCUACAGUGCAUAUGUUGCUGUAUAUUUUAUGUGUAUUUAUCCUAGAUCUCUCACAUGCUUGAUGUUACAGGUCCCCUCGAGGUCCAUAUUAUACCAAUAGUUUUUCAAUCAAAUGAAGUAAGUAGUUUACUGAGCCCUUAUUUACAGUGUUCACUCAAUAUUGACAAUGCUGAAGCAAAUGCAAACUGAUAAAUAAACAGCGUGUUUGUUGAGCAUCU